AUGGCUACUGCGUCACACAAUCCCUAUCCUCGAUCCCCAAACCCUUCCACAAGGUCAUACGAUUCCUCGUCUGUCUCGUCCGCCACCUCCCCAGCACCACCGCCGCAGUACUUGGGGGGCCUGAUGAGCACAAGUGCGAGGUCAAACCCGCCACCCGCACCACAUCCCAUUGGUAUCCCUUCGCUCUCCUCACUCCACCAGUCCACGGCCUUUCAGCCGUACACGCCAGUCACCGCCAGUACUAUCAUGGGACGGGAGUCGCUGCCAUCCAACGACUCGGUGGCCAGCACGCCAGGGACCGCAAACGCCCAGCUCCCUCCUCCUCCAGACUCUGCCGGCGGCGGUUCCAGUACCAACAAUCAGAAGCGAGCCUACCGUCAGAGGAGGAAGGAUCCGAGCUGUGAUGCGUGCCGCGAGCGCAAGGUCAAGUGCGACGCGACCGAGACGAUGAGCUGCUCCGAGUGCUCCAGCCGCAAUGUCAAGUGCCAGUUCACCAAGGAGACGAACCGCCGCAUGUCGUCCAUCAAGCAGGUGCAGGACCUCGAGAAGCAGAACGAGCGCAUCAGGAGGGAGAACAGCACGCUGCGGCGCCUGAUCUCGGAGAAGGACGGCUCGGUGGAGGACGUGGACGGCAUGGAGCAGCUUCCUCUCCAGCUUCCCAGCGUAGGUGCAGAGCCCAAGAGGAGACAGCGGCCAGCGCCGGCCCAUGACCUCCCCAGGGCGCGCUCGAACCUGUUGGGCUUCUCCAAGGGCGUCUGGAAACCGCCAGCUCCAUACCGACAACCUGUCAUGUCCUCGCUGUUUGACGUUCACAGGCCCGAGCUGCCCCCCAUACAGACAACAAAACGGCUCAUCGACUCGUACUUUGCCUCUACGCACAGCAUGUUCCCUAUCCUCCACUGGAGGACAUUCGAGCAGGGUAUCGAAGAGAUGUACAGGCCCGGCAACCUACCAAACGUACCGCUGUCGUUCCUGUCCACCUUCUUUGCCGUGCUGGCGCUGGGCAGCCUGUUCACGCCCGACGCGCCGGCCGAGCGGUCCUAUCGCGCGGCGGAGCUCCUCGACAUGUCGCGAAAGGUGGUCGACCCCUGGAGCAACCAUUUUGUGCUCGAUGACGCACGGACGCCACUGCUCCAGUCGAUGGUCCUGAACGAGAUGAACCUGAAAUCCGCGGCGUGGAACUUCCUGGGCAACGCUGUGCGGGUGGCGCAGGACAUAGGGCUCUACUCCGAGUCAGGGCCCUGGCCCAUCAUCGAGGGCGAGAUGAGGCGCAGGACCUGGUGGACGAUUUACGUCCUCGACCGGACCCUGGCCGUGGAAGUGGGGCGGCCGAUGCUCAUCGACGACGCAGACUGCGACGUGGCGCUGCCCGCGGGCGUGGACGAUGCCUACAUCCACGAGGGCGGCAUGACUGUGCCGCCAGGCGCAGAGCCUCUCACAAACUCGCUCCUGGCGCUCAUCAACGUCGUGCGGUCGUACGGCGCGCUGGGGAAAGCCCUCACCUCUCCGCUGAUCGCCACGACCCGCCUCUCGACCUUUGACCAGCACUUUGCCUCGUGCCUGCGGACCUUCCCGCCAGCCUGUGACCCGGCCUCGCAGGUCGCACUGAGCCCGCACCUGCUCAACCCCCUGGUCUAUCUCCUCAACGUACGCAUGCUCCUCCACAGGCACAACCUGACGCCCAGCUGUCCGCCCGACGUGCGCAUGGCCGCCAUCGAGCAGUGCACCCAUACCGCGCUCGAGACCGCCUCCCUCCUGGCGCGCACCACGCCCCAGCUUCCCGACGGCGCAACAGCCCUGCUCGCCAGCCACGUGUUCCGCUCUGCCCUCUUCCUCCUGCUCGUGGGCCAUCACGACGCAGCAGCCGUGUGUGUCCGCGCCCUCGCCGCCAUCGGGCCCAGAAGAGAUGUGACGGUGUCGUGUGGACGAUUCCUGUCCUUCUUCGCGACGGUCCUGGCAGGCAAGAAGGCCGAGUACGGCUCUUACUUUGCGCAGGCCCCGCCUGGCCCUCCUGCGAACGCCAUGCUCGGCCGCCCGAGCCCCCUGCAGGAUGCUCUGCUCCGUGACGAGGAGCUCCUCGUCUACGUCAGCGCCGACCUGCAGGCAGCCACCGAGACAGGCUGGGUCUGGGCGGGCGGCGAGCACGAGGCCCAGGCUGCGCAGACCUCUGCCCCGAUCCAGCUACGACCAUCCAACAACCACAAUCCGGCCUCAGGACCGCCCAGGUCCGGCACGCUGUUCAGCGUAGAGGCGCAGACAGGCCUGAUGGAGGAUGAGAGCCGCGACUGGGGCGGCUGGGAGCAGGUGGACAGUCUGAUCCGCGGUCUGGCGUCGGGCUCAACAACACCGACGGGUGCGCCUACGAGUGCUGGGUCCUGGGGCCAUGCCCCGCCGCCGCCGCCGCCGCCGCCGCCGUCGUCGCUGCUGCAGCCAUCCAACGCAUCACUGCCGCCUCCUGGGCCGCCAACGAUGGUAAAGAUGGAGUCGGGUCUUGGGAGCCAACACCUUCCGCCGCCCCUACCUCCUGGUGCCAGUAGGCCGGGCAACUCGGGUGGCGGUGGUGGCAGCAGCACUGGGAACAGUCCCACGAGUACAGUCAAGAAUAGUUCAGAACGGAUCAGCAUACGAAACAUAAUCUGAGGAGGC